ACAAUUGCACUGGAUGGUCAUUAGUGGCUCUUACAGCUCCACGUAUUAAAUUAGACCAAGGCUUAUUAUUUACUUUUUACAAGAAUGUGACUAAUUUAAAAAAUUGUGAUGGGCAGAAAUAGUGAAGGUGACCUUUUUAAAGAUGUUUGCCAAUUUGAAAUACCCCAUGAAAUAGAAAUUUUUGAGCAUUGUGCAAAGGAACUGCACAAUUUAGAUGAAAACGAGCAUGAUAAAUUUUGGUCAUACACGGCCACUCCUAAUCUUCAAUCAAAGCGCUACGAUAAUGUCAAACUUAAUACUUCAUGGAGACUGAAAACUGUAAUCAUCAAGUGCAUGACACAGGAUACGCUACUGGUCCAAGAGACAAACAAUUUUUUGAAUCACUUAGCUAUACCGGCCCGAAAAAUUAAAGACAUUCACAUGAAAUCCAGUACUUGUGAAGAAAUAAUACGAGAAGGUUUGAACUGCUUUAUUUCAUGUCAUGGACGUUGGGCAACAGUUAAAGCACUUCGCUGGAUUUUACUAUUUAAUGAAUUCAAGAGUGUACAUGAUGAGAUGAUAUGUAUGAUUGAUAACUUUUGUCACGCUGAUGGCACAUUGGAUAGCGAAAAACUCAAGGCCUACAAACCCAAUUCGAUACCUGAUGAAAGUUACCUGAUACCGGAUCAAACCCCAGUAACUGACAAUUCACCCCAAGGAAUAACAUUGACCAUAAACUAUCCCGAGUUGAAGCUAUCCGUAUCCAUCAACAUCGAUAGUAUUGUCAAUUACAUGAUAAAACGACUCAAUGUCUUGGGCACAAAAGUGCUGGACUUGGUAAAGGAAAUGUGUAUACCGCAAGGUCAUAUUAACUUAUUGAAAAACAUGUACACAAAUUUGGAACUGUUCGGCCAGUUGGACUUUGAGAAUGCGCGAACAUUUCUCGUACAAGCUUUAACGGAAUGCAUAAAAUCGAGUGGAGCCGAAGAUACGAUUAAAGGCCUACAAAAACAUGAGCUGAUUGACGUCUCAACUUUCUCACCGUCAAAUCCCAAUGAAAAUGAAUUCAUCAAAAUUAAACCUGAUGGAAACGAGGGAAUACCCAGUGCAGCAAAACUGGCAGAAGAACUUGGUCUAACAUCGUACAGAAGUGCCACAUAUGCACAAGUUGUUAAAUUAAGUAUUUCUGAUUAAAUUGUUCCUAUAUUAAUUAAUGAAACUAAUUCUAGUUGAUAAUAUACGAUAGAAUUAAUGCUAUAUCCAAUGUUCUCCAUGUAUUGCAUUAAAACACUAAAGAUUGCA